UAAGCUGGGUCCUGAUGGUCACUGUGGGACCCACUGGACACACACGGUCCCUUGUCUGGGAGUGGCAUGGGGAGCCUUCUGCCCUUGGGCGGUUGUGGAAAGUGAAGGAGCCCUGGAGGGCUGGCUCUGGGGAGACUAUCUUCCCUUGUGUUCGAAGGGGUCCAGGCACUGGGCUUCUCCCCAAGUAUUUCUUAUUCUGUCUGGCCUCGCUUUCCUUUUGCCCUGAGUAUUCUCAGGAGGGACGGUCCAUCUAGAUGUUCUCCAGGAGCAAGGACCCACUGUUCUUCAUCAUUGACCCAGGAAAAUGAAGCCCCCUCCUAUAGGGACAGCUCAGAAUGGUGGAGUCCACAGUCCCUCCCCGAGAGAUGUGGUUUCCAUGAGCGCAGUGGCUGCUUUGGAGACAGUAGAUCAUUUUCAUCCCUCAUCCCCAAAACCAAACACACUCCCGCUCAAAUGGCGUUAUUCCUAAAGCAGCUUCACUGGUUAGACCGAAGGGCCACGGUAGCCCAAGUGAUGAGCGAGGUAGAACGGAGCAGUCAGGAGAGACCUUGUUCCCCAUAGGAAACUGGGCAUCUCUGUGGCCCUGAGUAUCCCAGGAGGCUGAUCGUACAGAGACCUCUGGUGCCUGACCCCAGUUCGCAUCCACAACCCUGGAAUAGCCCAUCACAGGCCCUUCACCCUUGGCAGGUGGACACCGUUCAACCUGCUGGGGCAGGAUGAACGUGGUGGAGGAUGUAGAUAGUUGGCGGGCGCAGGAGCGAGAGGACGUCAUCAGGAAAUAUGAACAGGGGCACCAAGCUGGGCUGCCAGAGGACAAGGGGCCUGUGCUCAUCGGAAUGUUCGAACACAUGGAUCUGUUUGGGAUUGUGCAUGAGAUGGAGCUGCCUUCUCUGACUGCGCGGGACGCAAAGCGAAUUCGGCGGGAGACAAGGAGAAACAGCAAGUGGCUGGAGAUGCUGGGCGAAUGGGAGACGUACAAGAACAGUGAAAAGCUUGUAGAUCGCAUAUACGAGGGAAUUCCCACGAACAUCCGGGGCCCGGCGUGGUCAGUCCUCCUGAACAUUCAGGAAAUCAAGUUAAAAAACCCCAGCAAAUACAAGUUCGUAAAGCAGAAGGGCAAGAGGUCAUCUGAACACAUCCACCAGAUCGACCGGGAUGUUAGCAGGACUCUCCAGAACCAUGUCUUCUUCAGGCAUCGAUAUGGAGCCAGGCAGCGGGAACUCUUCUACAUCCUCCUGGCAUCUGCGGAGUAUAACCCGGAGGUGGGCUACCACAGGAACCUGAGCCACAUCGCCCCCUUGUUCCUCCUGUAUCUGCCUGAGGAGGACGCAUUCUGGGCACUGGUGCAGCUGCUGGCCAGUGAGAGGCACUCCCUGCAGGGAUUCCACAGCCCAAAUGGCGGGACAGUCCAGGGGCUCCAAGACCAUCAGGAGCAUGUGGUACCCACGUCACAACCCAAGACCAUGUGGCAUCUGAUCUCUCUCGGGCUGACCCUGCGCCUGUGGGACGUGUACCUGCUACAAGGAAAACAAGCACGGAUGCCCAUGACCACCAUUGCGUUCGAGGUGCAGAAGAAGCGCCUCAAGGAGACAUCCAGUUCUGGCCUGUGGGCGUGCUUUCGGAGCCAGUUCUGCCGUCACUGGGCCAGGGAUGAUGACACGGUGCUCAAGCACGUCAGGGCCUCUGUGAACAAACGAGGGAGGAAGCAAGCGGACCUGCCACCCUCAGCCAAAGCCGAGCAAGGGUCCUCGGCACCCGGGCCUGUGCUGGCUUCACGUGGCGGGAAGACCUUCUGCAAGGGGGACAGGCAGGCCCCUCCAGGCCCACCAGCCCGGUUCCAGCGGCCCAUUUGGUCAGCUUUCCCGCCACGGGCACCUCAUUCUUCCACACCCUGUCCUGGUGGGGCUGUCCGGGAAGACAGCUACCCUGUGGGCACUCAGGGUGUGCCCAGCCCGGCCCUGGCUCAGGGAGGACCUCAGGGUUCCUGGAGAUUCCUGCAGUGGAACUCCAUGCCCCGUCUCCCGAUGGACCUGGAUGUAGGGGGCCCUUGGUUCCCCCAUUAUGAUUUCGAACAGAGCUGCUGGGUCCGUGCCAUAUCCCAGGAGGACCAGCUGGCCACCUGCUGGCAGGCUGAACACUCUGCCGAGGGAGUGAGAUUGGCUCUCGCUGCACCCAGCACUGAUUCCGACCAGGACACCUCCUUCGCAGCUAGGGACGAGGAGCAGGGCACUCCCACCUCAGGGCCUUAUUAUUUAGUUAAUAGGAUUGUACUCAUGUUACAUCUCUCAAUUUUUUUUUAAGAGAUAAAGUCUCACUCUGUCACCCAGGCUGGAGUGCAGUGGUGCAAUCAUGGCUCACUGCUUCCUGGAACUCAUGGGCUCCAGCAAUCCUCCUGCCUCAGCCUCCUGACUAGGUGGGACUAUAGGCACACGCCACCGUGCCUGCUAAUUUCUUGGACUUUUCUCUAGAGACAGGGUCCACCCGUGUUUCCCAGGCUGGUCUCAGACUUCUAGACUCAAGUGAACCUGAACCUCCCGCCUCGACCUCUCAAAUUGCUGGGAUUACAGGUGUGAGCCAUCACACCCGGCCUGAAUUUCUUAUGUGCCAUGCUACUACAAAACGUCAUUAGGGCUUCCUUCCCCUCCCUCCUUCCCUCCUUUCCUUCCUCCCUCCCUUCCGUCCUUCCUUCCCUCCCUCCCUCCCUCCCUCCCUCCCUCCCUCUGUGGCCCCGGCUGGAGUAAACUGGGCUCGCUGCAGACUCCCUGCCUCCGGCUCCCGUGAUUCUCCUGCCCUGGCCUGCGCGCGGCCUGGGAUUGCCGCCGCGCGCCACCACCCCUCCCUGGUUUUUCUCCUUUGGCUGGAGGCGCCGUUUCGCCAUGUCGGCCAGGCUGGUCUCCAGCACCUGACCUCCACUGCUCUGCCCGCCUCGGCCUCCCGAGGUGCUGGGACUGCAGAAGGAGGCUCGGUGUGGCCCGGGCUGGAGUGCGGUGACGUGGUCUUGGCUCGCUGCAGCCUCCGCCUCCCAGCCGCCUGCCUUGGCCUCCCAGGGUGCUGGGAUUGCAGCAUCUGCCCGGCCGCCACCCCGUCUGGUAAGUGAGGAGCCCCUCUGCCCGGCCGCCCCCCCGUCUAGGAAGUGAGGAGCACCUCUGCCCGGCCGCCCCAUCUGGGAAGUGAGGAGCACCUCUGCCCGGCCGCCCCAUCUGGGAAGUGAGGAGCACCUCUGCCCGGCCGCCCCGUCUGGGAAGUGAGGAGCGCCUCUGCCCGGCCGCCCCGUCUGGGAAGUGAGGAGCGCCUCUGCGCGGCCGCCCCGUCUGGGAAGUGAGGAGCGCCUCUGCCCGGCCGCCCCUUCUGGGAUGUCAGGAGCGCCUCUGCCCGGCCGCCCCGUCUGGGAAGUGAGGAGCCCCUCUGCCCGGCCGCCCCGUCUGGGAAGUGAGGAGCGCCUCUGCCCGGCCACCCCGUCUGGGAAGUGAGGAGCGCCUCUGCCGGGCCACCACCCCGUCUAGGAACUGAGGAGCGUCUCUGCCCAGCCGCCCCGUCUGGGAAGAAGUGAGGAGCGUCUCUGCCCAGCCGCCCCGUCUGGGAAGAAGUGAGGAGCGCCUCUGCCCGGCCACCCAUCGUCUGGGAUGUGAGGAGCGCCUCUGCCCGGCCACCCCGUCUGGGAAGUGAGGAGCCCCUCUGCCCGGCUGCCACCCCAUCUAGGAAGUGAGGAGCGUCUAUGCCCGGCCGCCCCGUCUGUGAAGAAGUGAGGAGCACCUCUGCCCGGCCGCCCCGUCUGGGAAGUGAGGAGCGCCUCUGCGCAGCCGCCCCAUCUGGGAAGUGAGGAGCGCCUCUGCCCGGCCGCCCCGUCUGGGAAGUGAGGAGCCCCUCUGCCCGGCCGCCCCAUCUGGGAAGUGAGGAGCACCUCUGCCCGG